AUGUCUGACGUCUACAAGCCGCUGGUGCUGGACAUGAACCGGGACUGGUGGCGGGAGAUCAUCAUCUACGAGAUAUAUGUGCAGUCCUUCCAGGACAGCAACAAUGACGGGGUCGGCGAUUUGCGCGGGAUCAUCCAGCGACUGGACUACUUGAAGCGACUGGGUGCGGAUAUGUUGUGGCUCACCCCGAUCUACGAGUCGCCGCUGGAGGACCAGGGAUACGAUAUCGCCAACUACAAGGCGAUCAAUCCCUUGUACGGGACGAUCAAGGAUUGGGAAGAUCUGGCAGCCGAGACUCACAAACGGGGGAUGAAAAUCAUGAUGGAUAUGGUUUUUAACCAUACGAGUUCGCAGCACGCAUGGUUCCUUGAUUCCAAGUCAAGUAGAGACAGCUCCAAAAGAGACUGGUAUUUCUGGAGAAAGGGCAAGACGGGCAAGAAUGGCGAACGAUUGCCUCCAAAUAAUUGGGCCAGUUUGUUCGGCGGCUCUGCUUGGAAAUACGACGAGGCAACCGAAGAGUACUACUUGCAUCUGUUCUCUCCCUCGCAGCCAGAUCUCAACUGGGAUAACCCUGAAGUGCGCAAUGCCGUCUUUGACGUGAUUGACUUCUGGGGGAAGAAGGGGACUGAUGGAUUCCGAUUCGAUGUGAUUAAUCUCGUUUCCAAAAUGCCUGGUCUCCCCGACGCCCCAGUCACUGAUCCGACGAAAUUCGAGCAAAACGCCAUCCCGAUGUUUACAAAUGGGCCGAAUAUCCACAAGUACAUGCACGAGAUGAAUCGCAAGGUUCUCAGUAAAUAUACCGCAUGCACCGUCGGCGAGAUGCCCUGCGGCGUGGACGAGUACGAAGCCAGCCAGUACGUUGCCUCUGAACGCCAGGAGCUCUCGAUGGUCUUCCAGUUCCACCAUAUGGACCUGGACGGCGCGGACGGCGACAAGUGGAAUCCGCGCAAGUGGGAGCUGUGGGAGUUUGAAAAGGUCUGUCGGAUCUGGCAGCAGCAUAUGCUGGGGAAUCACGGAUGGAGCGCUCUUUACAUGGAGAACCACGACCAGGCGCGCGCCGUGUCGCGAUUCGGGAAUACCGAUCCUCGGUUCCUGUCUGUGUCGGCCAAGAUGCUCGCCACGGUCCUCUUCACCCUGCGAGGGACUGUCUUCUUGUACCAGGGACAGGAGCUGGGCAUGCCGCAUCCCCAGAACUGGAAGCUGGAGGACUAUCCGGAUGUAGAGACUCAGGACUACUACAAAUCGAUGUAUAAAUCACGCAAAGAACAAGAUCCAUCUAAAGAACCUGACAUGUCCGACGUGAUGAAUGCGAUCAAGCUCAAGGGCCGCGACAACGCCCGCUCGCCAAUGCUCUGGGACAACUCGAAGAACGCCGGGUUCACCAACCCAGAGGGCAAGACGUGGAUCCGGUUGAACGAGGAAUACAUGAACCUCAACGUGCAGACGCAGGAGCGCGAUCCGGACUCGGUGCUCAACUACUUCAAGCAGCUGGCACACAUUCGCAAGCAACAUCCAAUGUUGUUCUACGGCGCUUACGUCCCCGUCAACCCGACGGAUCCCAAAGUGUUCUCCUUCCUGCGCACGCAGGGCCCCUACCGCACGCUGGUCUUCUGCAACUGGUGCGAAGAACCCACCGACUUCGAGAUCCCGGAGGACAUCAACACCGAUCUGGCGGUGAUGCUGAUUGCGAAUUACCACGUCGACGAGCCUGUGCUGGAGCAUAAGCUGCAGCUGCGGCCGUACGAGGCGCGCAUGUACUCGCUGAGAAACUGA